CAAUGCUUUCGUUGUUUUAUCAAUGAAACAAAUUUAAAAAAAAAAUUAUGUCGAUUGUUGUCAAAAUUGUUGGAAUAAUUGUACAUUAAAAAAAAAGAAAAAGUAAUAGUCAUUCAUUGAAGUUAUCAAUAUGAAGUAGUACAUCGUGAAAGUUGUUAACAAUGUUACAGUGUUAUAUAUCACCUAUAUUUGUGAAAUUGAUAGAUAUAUUUUUAAAAUUCAAGGUUUCUUUUAAAUUUUAUCAUCGACAUAUGAAAAUCAUUCACGUUCAAUUUGUAAGUGAAAUCCAUCCAUGAUUUUUACGAUCAUAUAAAGACCACAUUUGUCUGCUCCAUAAUUAAUUUUUUUGAUAAAUUAUUUCAAUAAUUUUUUUGUAAGAAAUCGUUUCCUCUCUAAAAUAUAUAUGUAAUUUUGCAAUUUCUUGAUAAAUCGAAAAUUCGAAUCUUGAAAAGAAAUCUUGAAAAAAAAUCUUGAAAAUUUCUUCAUCAUUUUAUCGCUGUGAUUCAUUUCAAACGAUAAUCGAUUUGCACAAAUCUAGAAUAUGUGUAAAUAAGUAUUUUUUUUCAGAAAUCUCUUUAUCGUUUUGAUAUCGAGAUAGUAUUGAAAAUGAAUUAUUCAAAUAAUUAAAUUAAUUAAAUUCGGAAUAUUUAUUAUUAAGAAUCAAGCCUGAAAUUGUUUAUUAAAUACAAGAGUAUCAUUGCUGCAUAAAACGAAUUAUGCAAAAAUAUAAAUUCAAUUCUGAAGAAAAAAAAAGCUUCGAAGUAACAAUAUAUAUUUAUUACACGCGUAUUCUUUUAUGCGAAAAAAGAAAAAAAAAAUAAUAAUGUUAAAAAAGUUUACGAUAUAAUAAAAUAUUUUAUAUACAGACACGACUAAUAUAUUGAAUGCUGCCUAUUCAGAUGUUAAAUGCUAAUAUAAUAAGUGAUAUAUUGCUUUUUUUGUAAUCGAUGACAUCAUAAGCGACAUCGGCAUCUCUGCAUCUAUAUUGUGUUUCCGCGUUUAAUAUUCUUUUUUUAUUUGGCGAUUUGAUGUAUAUAUCGGUCGUCUACCUAUUUUUUUCUCUUUUUUUAAACUAUAAUUACUUUUUUUGCAAUUUAUUCAACUUUUUACUUACUAUUUUAAAAUCUUUACAAGUCGGUUAUAUAUUCAUUUUACAAUGGAAAUGGACAAAAAAGUACGCGAUAAGAAUAAAAAAAGAAAAAAAAAAGAUGGAAGAUAAACAGAUUAUAAAUAACAAACGCACGUCUUUUAAUCCAGUAUAAAUCGACAUUAAAAUUAAUUGGUUACCUAAUGUAUAUAAGAGGCAAGUUUCAUUGUGUAUAUAAAACUCAAUAUUUAGAUAUUAUAUUUUUAUGUAAAUUUUAUAUAAAUAUAAGAUUCGAGAAUAAUCUAAUCUUACAUUAGUAAGAGUACGCAUUAUUAACAGUUAAGUUCUUAAGAAUUACAAUAGUGAUGGUUUGGCUUAAAGUGAAUCCAAAUUUAAAGAGAAAUUAAAACGAUUUAAAAAUACGCAAUCUUAAAAAUUAAAAUUAUAUUAUAAAAAUUAGAAUUAAUUCGAACCCUAUUUCUCGUCAAAACAUUUGUGAACAUUUUUUUUUUUUAACGAGAUAACAACGAUAAUAAUCGCGAUAAUAAUAAUUGAGUAAGAAUUUUAGUGAGAAAAAAAAAAUGAGUGAUUUAAUAGUAAUCGUACAAGAAGGCAAAUUAAAAGGUGCCGAGUUAGAAAGUAGCCUAGGCUCUCGAUAUAUAGCUUUCAGAGGAAUACCUUUCGCUGCAUCCCCCGUUGGAGAGCUCAGAUUCAAGGAUCCGCAACCACCUGAACCAUGGACUGGGGUGAAAGACACGUCCGACGUUAACGAGUACAUCUGCUCCCAGAUCCAAGAUGCUCCACCAUUGAUUAUCGGCAACGAGGACUGCCUGUAUCUGAACGUCUACACUAACUCCCUUUCCCAAUCAAAGAAAUCAGUCAUGUUCUGGAUCCAUGACGGUGCAUUUACGAUAGGCUCCUCGAGCUUUCAACACUUCAGACCUGACUAUUUGCUCGCUAAAGAUGUCGUCGUCGUCACGACUAAUUACAGGCUCGGAGCAUUCGGAUUUUUAAAUCUGGGUGACAAAGUGGCGCCAGGUAAUCAAGGGUUGAAGGAUAUAAUCGCGGCGUUGGAAUGGGUGAGAGAAAAUAUCGCCAGCUUCGGUGGAGAUCCUGGCAACGUGACGAUUUUUGGGGUUAGCGCAGGAGCAGCUUUAACCCACGCUUUGCUAAUUUCGCCGCGAGCAAAGGGAUUAUUCCACAAGGCGAUCAUGCAAAGUGGAUCGAUGAAAAGCUUUUGGGCGGUUAAUCAAAGCCUUCCCGAGCGUGGCUUCAAUUUGGCCAAGUAUCUUGGAAAUUUGUCAAACGAUCCUGUCGAGGUGGUCGAAUUCCUGCGGACAGUACCAGCUGAAGAUAUAGCACGCGCUCAGACUGCUCUCCUGUCCAAAGAGGAGAAAUUAAGUUUCAAUCUUGCUUUUGGGAUGAACAGCGACGAAAUAGCGGAGAAUCCUGUUUUACCAGAGCCCAUCGAACAAUUAAUCGAAAAAGAGGUAGACAUUCCUGUGAUGGCCAGUCAUACGUCCAACGAGUUCAUCAUGUUUUUGCAAAAUAAAAGUGAACAACUCGUACGUAUAUUCAAUUUAUAUCUAUUGACGCACGUGAGAAACUUAGGAUCGUUGAAAAUGUUGGACGAUGAGAAGGUUAAAAAUUUAUACGUAUCGGUGAAGAAGCGUUAUUUCAACGGGAAAUCGAUCACCGCCAAUGAUUUCGACAAAUUGACGGAAUUUUUGGGCCACGUUUACUUCGCCAUUCCCGCGAUCGUGUGGCUGCAGGAUCGAGUAAGAAGGGUAACCUCGCCUAGUUACUUUUGCAAAUUUUCGUACGUUGGCAAUGAGAAGACACCCACCGAUUUGCUAGUGAAACGCCAAGCUUCUGGAACAUCUCACGUGGACGAUAUCGCGUACUUGUUAUAUCUGCCGAAGUGUAAAGUUGAGAAUCCGGAUCCACCCGCGGUUGGAACGAAAGACAGGAUCACGUUGGAACGAAUGACCAGGAUGUGGACGAAUUUCGCUAAAACGGGAGAUCCCGUCUCCAUUAAAGACGAGUUUGUCAAUAUAGAUUGGAAUCCCAUAACCACGGACGAAUUCUCUUAUUUGGACAUUGGAGAGGAAUUACGAAUUCUUCCCGUCCCGCAACACUUAUUAUUCUUCGAACGAAAUUUAUAAUUUUUAGGAUUGAUUCGUUGAAUUUUUAUCCCAUUUUAUUUAUAUAUAUAUAUAUAAAUUUAAUGCAUAUAUAUAUAUAUAUAAAUAUAAUAUAUUUUUAAUUUUUAAUUUUCUUCUUUCUUGCCCUCGCAGAAUGGCUCGAUGAUGCAAAGGAUAAUAUAAAUAAAUACACUUGUUACACUUCUACUUGUCUUGUAAAAUAUUAUUUGACAGCUAUUUACACGCAUCGACUAAGCAGACGAGUCAUCGAUCUCGUUUCGUUCGCCCCGAUAAACAUUUGACAACAACGAAACUCGAAAUCGUCAAACAACAAGAAUCUACUGGAGAAGAAAAUGUAAAUCUCAAAUUAAAUCGAGUCUUAUUUUCGCGAGAUACAAGAUUGAAAGUACAGCGUGAUUAUACGUUUUCUUAAAUUAAAUACCUAUAAUUUUUUUUUCUUCUUUUUACUGAAUCUAAAAGUGAACUGCUUAAACAUUUUUUUUUCUCGUAUGUGCACGUGUUUCUUCUUUUUUUUUUUUAAAAUUAACCUGUCUUAACAACGUACGGUGCGUUUCGAGAUUAAAAAAAAAAAAAAAAAA